AAACGUCAUAUAAAAAUAGGAUCAAAGAUGAAAGUUAUUUUUAAUAUUAUGUCUUAAAAAUAUUUUAUACAUGAUUGUACUUAUUGAAAUGAUUGAAUUAAACGUGAAUCGAAAGUAUUACUUGAAAUAUUACCAUUCGUUGUGAAAUUAGCUUGAAGCGAAGUAUUUAAAUUAUGAUUCUUAAAAGGCGAACCAUAAAAUUAACUCGAAUAAGAAGCAAGGUAAUCCACAGGACUACCAAACUGCAGGUGAUCAUUCUGCAGGAUGGUGCAUCUUGAAAUGACAGGUGUUGAAACAUGUAGCCAGUUAACAAUAAAUGAUCUGCCCAACGAGUUACUCAUAUAUAUUUUUUCUAUGAUUGAUUUUGAAUCAUUGCUGGCCGUUGCUAAAGUCUGUGUGAGAUGGCAGCAGCUCUGCCUGACACCAUGCAUCUGGGACAACACACGACUCAUUGUGUGUAUGAAGAAUUACAUAAAGAUAAGUGAAAACAUUGUGCCUUUCGUUGCUAAGUAUUUGAAAAAUGUUAAAUUACAGUAUUUCAAAUUGUAUUCCCAUGUGAGAGCCUCCUUGAUAAGUUAUUGUCCAAAUUUAACUCAUUUAGAAAUAAGUAUAUCUCAAGUUGAUAGCUGUAUUUUUGAAGAUCUUGGUCACUGGCCGAAUCUAAAAUUUUUAAGCUUUCGGAAUUCCCUAAUAGUUCAAAGUCCGGAAAAUGCAAAUGGAAAUUUUGUGUAUCACUUACCAUUUGACAAAUUAAAAUAUCUAGAAACUUUAAUUCUAUCAAAUUUUGCUCUCACACAAAACAGUUUGUACAGUAUGUUGCAGUGCGUAAACCUUGUCAGUAUUAAUAUGGAGAAAAUGAAAAACAUCCCAGCAGACUUUUUGGAAUCCCUCCUUAGGACUAAACAAUCCACAUUACAAGCAUUAUAUAUUUACGGUGACACUCUAAAUGAUAAUAUAAUGUGUUAUAUUUCUAAUUGCAAAAGUCUACACAUUCUUCACAUAAUGACAUGUAAAACACUAUUUGACUCGAGUUUAAUGCAUCUGUAUCGUCUUAAACAUUUACAAUCAUUGAAAUUACGUCAUGGAUAUUUCUCAACAACAGCGCUUCUUGCAUAUUUUUCGAAUAAUAUAUUUCAAAAACUUACAUACCUUAGUCUUUCUAGAUGUGUUCAUGUCACGAUGCAAGUUGCGAAAGUUAUAAAAAUAACUGCACCAAAUCUAAGGGAGUUAUCAUUCUACCUCUGCCCAUUUAUCAUAGCUCCAGAUUUCAAUCGGACAGAAUUAGAAAAAAUGUUUAAAAUCCAAUUGUUGCUAGAUUAAAUUUCAUAAGGUUGUUAUUCUUAUAGAUAGAUUACACAUCCGUCCACUCCAUUAUUUGGAUCCUUACCAUCACCAGCUCACUACAUGUCCCCACUGAGGGGCUCGGAGCCUACCCUAAUAAGGGGCAAUUUGGAUCCUAAUACACAAAAAAUCUCUCAGAAAUUUAUCAGUGAAGUUUAAAAUGUUUUAUUGAACCAAUUUAUUAAACAUUUAGAUAUCAUGACAUUUUUGUAGUCAAUAGUCGUAGUAACAAUUUCUAGAAUGGCAGGAAGUGAAUUUUUUAGACUUGUAUUGAAAUUUUAGUUAAACCAUUUGCAUUUUAUCACAUUUAUAUUUUUUAAAAAACUCAAAAGUUUAUAUGGGGUUGAGCUUUAAGUUAAAAAAAUAACAUCAUUCUAAAUAUAAUUUUUCCAUUGCUUUUUUCCUUUCUUUGUCAUGUUUUUAAUUACCACCCCAGAUGUAAUUUAAAAAAUAAAAUUUAUUGCGUAUUUCAGUAUUUUAUCCCAUGAGCUCGAAUUGUGUAGUAUACUUAAGUUAUCUUAAAAUUAAUUGUAGAUUUUUCUCUUUUACCACAAAAUACUGCCCCAAAAUUUCUCUUCGCUUUUAAGAGAUUUUCCGUAUUUUUUCCUUUAGAUUAGGUCUUUUUAUGAAAAUGGAAACCUUAUAAACAAUACGGUAUUUUGAUUGUGAAAGAAGAAAGUGUAACAAUGGAUCUGUUAAAUGUCCACUAAUUUACAAAAAUCAUAUUUUAAAAAGUGCCUUAAAAAAUAUUUAUUUUUACUGUUCAAAUUAUUAAUGUUUGAAAUUAUCGACAAUAAUUAUGGAUAUUACAAUAAAAUUAUUUGUGAAUUUGUAUAUUUCUUAUACAACAUUUUUAAAACAGAUAGAAAAUUAACAUAUGUACACCUGUCAAUAUUUUUUUUUAAUAAUAUAGACUUAAAACUUUACUAGGACAGUAUAUGCAUACAUUUAUUUAUUGAAUCAUUUGAUAUGAUCAAUGUAUUUAUAGAUUUUUAGAGUAAGUGAAUAUAAUGAUGUUUUCUUUGUUCUGUAUUUGUGUCUACAAUGUGAUUUUAUAGUUAUUAUUUAUAUUGUUUGUGCUGUUUAAUUACCCACACAAUAAACAUAUUUUCGACAA